AUGAGGCUGACUUGGUCAGGUGAACCGCAGAUCCCCAGGCUUGUACAGGAUGUUGAAUUCUCCUCAGAAGGAGGCUGCGAGUUGUCGUUCAACUUUAUCAAAAACCAGCUCAGCAACUGUGUGCAAAACCAUCGUCCAUGCCGCUCAUACCAGGAUGAAAUGAGAAAGGUCCUGGGAGGCGGCUGGCCGAGGCGAAUUCUGAAGAUAAAUAACAGAGGAUCAAAGAUCAAGCUGGUUGAGUUUCAACCUGCAAUGGAACAAAAGUAUGUUGCCCUAAGUUACUGCUGGGGUGAUCAGAGAAAGCAGUUCAGGGCUAUAGCCUCCACGUUGCCAGCACUACGAAAAGGCGUCAAAGUUUCACAGCUCCCGGUGACUAUAAAGGAUGCCAUCAAGGUCUCAAUUAGCCUCGGUAUCGAUCUCAUAUGGAUAGACGCAAUGUGCAUCAUACAAGAUGAUCGCGCGGACUGGAAGACUGAGGCGUUGAAGAUGGCUACUGUAUACUCAAAUUCCCUGGUCACUGUCAUUGCAAGCGAGGCGAAAUCCUGCGACCAAGGUUUCUUGAGCAACAAGCGGAAUCAUUCAGUGGUGCUUGGUGAAGUGCAGGUCGAGUCCAAGCCUGUCGUGAUACGAGGUAGAGUGCUGCGGGAUUGGGGUCACCAUCGAAAUGGACCCCAGUCUCCAGAGAACUACCAACAUCAGUGCUUGGAUCCUGUUGACACUAGGGGAUGGAUCUUGCAGGAGAGGCUUUUAUCCUCUCGAUACAUCAGCUUCACCAGUGGUGAAAUCCAAUGGGGCUGUCAGGACUGCAAAGUCUGCGAAUGCGACCAACCAUUGCAGCAGGAUCUCGCAUCGACAGGGUCAUCAGAUGACCAGUGGUUUGCUACCGUCGACGAGUUCUCUAUGCGCCACCUCUCUGAGCGAACUGACGUGCUGAUCGCUUUGGCCGGUAUUGCGAAACGAGCAUCGACAAUGCUGGACGGGAAUUGGACUUGGUAUGCUGCAGGUCUUUGGUUAGAACCGCAAAUGAGUCCACUCGGGGCUAGAAGCCUGUUAUGGUACCGGUGGUCGAAUCUUGGUCCUGCAUACUUCCCCAGAGUUUACACAGCACCAAGCUUCUCCUGGGCGUCUGUUGCUGGACAAGUUCAAACAGCAGGCCAAAUAGAUGCUGAAGGAGGAGAUUUCCCAACAGCGGUCGUUGAGGUUGAUAUGAUUAGAAGUACCCCAGAUAUGUUUGGCCAUGUUGAAGGUGGCCAUAUGCGAUUAUGUGGACCAUUGAUAUCGUCAAAGCUAUCUCUUCGGGUCCCGGGGGGCGUACCCGAUUCGCAGGCCAAGAUCGAUGUAAUGGAACCGGAGUGCUUAUAUGUUACAACAUGUUUCCUGGAUGGGCCGGUCGAGCGAGUCUCGCACCCGGAAGGAGGUUUUACGGUUCAGAGAUACAGGUCCGAAAACCUCGAGGACUCAGAGAAGGUGCGCGGCGAGGUGCAUUUCGAUCAUGCCGAUGUCUUUAUUCUACCUAUUACGGCGGACUCGCGAGAUCUCAUGAAGCCCGGGCAAAUGAAAGAAAGUGCCUCGGGCGGAGCUCUCGUACUGGCGCGCGCAGUUUCGGGUCAGGGAUAUGAGCGGAUCGGGAUGGCCCAGUACACGUGUAGCAAGUUGGCUGACUUGAAGAGUAUGUCGAGCUCAGACAUUGAUUUGUAUUAG